CUGCUGUCGCGCGCCGUCUAAAGUUGUAUGUAGGCUAAACGUUUACUGUGAAACGCAAAUAUUGCUGGGCGAAGUGACUGCAAAACCUUCCAGCUCUACUCGUUGGCGUAUCGGGCCAGUCUUGACGAGUUUGCAUCUCUGCGGUCAGGUUCCCUUGCAGAAGAAAUGCACGAUGCUCUCGCAGAGCCUGAAAACUCCGACUACGAUGAGGGAAAGAGCACCUACCCAUGGAUGAAGAAUCAAAUGGAAGCCGACUACCCAGGAGACGAUGCCGGCUUUGAGACCCAAGCCUACAACAACACCGUCUGCAAGACGCCACACCUGGAUGUGCUGGCCGGACGCAGUGUGAUCUUCCGCCAUGCCUUCACGUCGGUCAGCAGCUGCUCGCCCAGCCGCUCGGCCAUCCUGACAGGCCUUCCUCAGCACCAGAAUGGCAUGUAUGGCCUGGAAAACUCGGUGCACCACUUUGUGUCGUUUGCUGGUGUGCGCAGCCUACCAACCAUCCUCAAGCAGAGCGGAAUAAGAACAGGCAUUAUCGGCAAGAAGCACGUCGGGCCAGAGUCUGUCUACCAGUUUGACUACUCCAAGACUGAGCUCGACGGCUUCUCAAUCCUGCAAGUCGGACGGAACAUCACGCACAUGAAGCAGUUUGCUCAUGAGUUCCUGAGUAGUAACGAUUCAGGUCCCUUUUUCCUCUACAUCGGUUUCCACGAUCCGCACCGCUGUGGCCACACCCAUCCCCAGUACGGCCAGUUCUGUGAAAAGUUUGGCAACGGCGCUCCGGGAAUGGGCCGGAUUCCCGAUUGGGAGCCCACAACCUAUGACCCAGGCGAGGUCAUUGUGCCCGGCUUCGUACAAGACACGCCAGCCGCGAGAGGGGACCUGGCAGCUCAGUACACGACAAUAAGCAGACUUGAUCAAGGUAUCGGUUUGAUCCUGAAGGAGCUAGAGUCAGCGGGCCACAAGGAUGACACCUUGGUCUUCUACACCUCCGAUAACGGAAUUCCCUUCCCCAACGGCCGGACAAACCUCUACGACUCAGGCAUGGCCGAGCCCCUGCUGGUGUCUUCCCCACUCCACCGGGAGCGUUGGGGGCAGGAGAGCGAGGCCCUGGUCUCCACGUUGGACCUCGUGCCAACUAUCCUGGACUGGUUCGGCAUCUCAUACCCGGACUACCAUCUCAACAGGCAGCCCGUGCGACCGACUGGCCGGUCCCUCCUCCCGAUCCUAGCCCAAGAGCCCGUAACGGAGUGGGACACGGUCUAUGCCAGCCACAACCUGCACGAGGUCACCAUGUACUACCCGAUGCGCGUGGUGCGCAAUCGCCAGUACAAGCUGAUCCACAACAUGAACAAUCUGGCGCCCUUCAACAUUGACCAGGAUUUCUACAUCUCGUCCACAUUUCAGGAUCUACUCAGCCGAACAAGGUCUGGAGAGCCCACUCACUGGUUCAAAACCCUGAAGGACUACUACUACCGCCCUCAGUGGGAGCUGUUUGACCACCGCGCCGAUCCGCUGGAGACCACUAACCUAGCUAAGGACAAGAGGUUCGCGUCUGUCUUGCGCGACCUCCGGGAGCAGGUGCUCCGCUGGCAGAACGUCACCAACGACCCCUGGAUCUGUGCUCCCUGGGGCGUGCUGGAGAACGCAGGACUAUACAAGCAAAACCCCACCUGUAUGCCCAUGGACAAUGGGUUGUAGAUCUUUGAGUCGCUAUAUGGGCCUGGCGACCAUUGACCAAUCCAUAUCCAUACAGGUCCAAACACUGUCACCAGACUUUGGCAGAUUCUCCCUUUCCUUCCAAAUAAUGCCCAAUGACAACAUGAAAAGCAGAAAUAAUCAUGUAUUUCUCUGCACUUUGGUUCUCAUUGAUUUCAUGAUAACAAAAAAAUAAUUGAGCCAGGUUUGGAGUCUUCAAGUGCCUUGACGAGGGUCUCCUUGUACAACGAAAUUGAUAUGAAGUGCAGAAUAUGAUUGGCGUGUCUUGUGAUUUUAAAAGCUUGAGCUCUAAAAACUGUAAUCCUUCAUUGUACUCAAGUGUCAAGACGUGUAUGAAAGGCCAUUUUUAUACAUUUUUCACUCUCUUUUCAGUUCAGCCGAUUGUACAUUAGAUAAAUCUAACCUUUUUAUAAUUUUGCAAAUACCAAUGUUCGGUUUGUAAGUGUACAGAGAUUUGUUUUUAUUUUAUUAUUUAAUUUUGAAAAAAUAAAAGCACUUGAAAUUACCCACCCUUUCAUCGUGAAAGCUUUGCCCGACACUUCCCUGAAUAAAAAAGUAAUACCGAAAGUAA